CCGAUCCAAAUUAUUCGCGCAAUCCAACCAGUAGUAGUUCCUAUGUCUCCGUAAAAAGGUGUAUUCGAAGUGGACUGUUCAUUCCUUCGCUUACCUUGAUAAUAUCACUAAGUCCCUUGUUCAUCUCAGCCACAAAUAGCAAGCAUCCCGCUGUUAAUGUUCAGCCGCCAAGGACUUGGUUCGCAUCCGAAAAAUCCCUCCGAAAAUGCAAGUGACGGAUUGUUCUCUGCACGCUCAUAUUACACGCUGCGUAUCACGCUGGUCAUAGUGCACAUCGUCUUUGUUAUCUUUUAUGUUCGUCAUCGGGAACACCGUGUGACCUUCUCAACGAACAAUGAUUUUUGGUCUGUUGUGCUGAGUGCUUUACUCCAAGCAUUUUACACCAUGAUCUACACGACUGUUCUACUCUUCCUUACCCAACGGCUUGCGAAUUCAAGAGCACUUGUACGCCGUCUGAAACUGACUGCCAUUUAUGACAUCUCUGGCGCAUGGGCGGGCCUCGUCUCUGCACUCAGUAGCGUCUGGCGACAAACUGACAUACCCCCCUCGUGGUGGAUGACUUCUGCCGUGACGGUCUACCUUGCGAGUAUGUCCGUGCUGCAUGUCACCUCCUCCACUCUCCUACAAUUUCAAACAUUCAAUACUUCUAUUCCGACUUCUGUGCCGACAAUAUUAGGAUGGCCAAAUGACCUAACGGACUCCAUUAGUGUGAAUUGGGGAUCCAUCACCGCGUUGUCAAUCAAUUCCCUGGACUGGAAAUGCAACUGCGAAUGCAACGACCAUAACCUCGCGGUGCGGAUUGAUCCCCAAUUACAGCAAGCGCUCCAUUCAGUGUUAUAUGGUGGAAAUUAUUCUCUCCGCGUGGAUGCGGGCACUCCCUGGUCUGACCAGACACAAGUACUUCAAGAGAUCCCUCAGAUCCUCAUAAUGUGGUGCCUAAUAUCUUACUCGUGGUCUCUAUAUUAUUAGAGAUCGAGCCUUUGGUACAAGAGGAGGUUGCUGUAAACAUGAGUUGGGAAUAUCAACCUUUCACCAAUACGUCUGUGCCUGUCAUUCCAUAUGUCUACUAUGUGCUAUACUCGGCGUCAGCCAACAGUACAGAUGGGGUGGUCGAUAUG